AUGGACCCCAAGCCACGGCGGGGCCGCCUGCGGAGGUGGGCCGGCCUCCUCUCCGCCCUCGUCUCCAGGGGCGGGGCGUGGGUGCGCCGCGCUGCCGCGGCAAUGCGGAGCCGGCUCGCUCGUCGCGCCGGCGCUCCUCGUCAAGCGAGGAGGCAUAAGACGCGCCGAGGGAGACGCCCUCACCGCAGCGGGCGCCGGCGACCCCAAGCCCAAGAGCCUGCCGUCGGCGGUGCAAGACCGCGGCCGCCAAGUACCCCGCGCUUCCGGGAGGAAGAAGACCGCGGGCACGGCGACGCAAGCGGCGCCGCGACGGGAGCUGGCGGCAACCUCGUCACCGGGUGUCCCUCGGCGGCGCAAGAAGACCGCGGCAAGAGCAAGACCCGCGACGGCGAGGCCAGCAGGGACGCCGCGCCCGCGACGACACGCGACGAGUCGGGGAACCAGGAGGACUUGCCGCGCCUCGCACUUCAUCGCGGCGAGGGGAUGGACGCCACGGCCGCGCCCAGCGCCGACCUGUUAGCGUCAGGCAAGAGCUGGGGUGCAGAGCGCACCAAGAUCGGCGACCGCAGCAUCGUCGCGCCCAGCCCCCCCGUGAAGCUGGAGAUCGACGCCGCGGAGGCCGUGACCGUCGACGCGCCUCCUGUCGUCUCCGACACGGGGCUCAUCCAGCGCGACGUCGCGGCUUCAGCACCUGCGGGCGGGAGCUCGGGUGCAGAGCGCACCAAGAUCGGCGGCGACCGCAGCAUCGUCGCGCCUAGCCCCGUCAAGCAGGAGAUCGACGCCGCCGCGGAGCCCUCCGAUCGCGGCGAGAAGGACGAUACCGCCACAGCCACGCCCGGCGCCGUCCCCGUGGCGCACGGAAGGUGCUCUGGUGGCGAGGGCGAUCAGACUGUUGCCGUCCCCGAGAAGGACCCGCAAGACGAGCUCGACGCGCCGCCUGUCGUCUCCGACGCGGUGCUCGUCCAGCCCGACCUCGCGGCUCCUUCAGCACCUGCGGGCGGGAACGCCGAAGCCAGCGAGGCGAGCUCCCAUGCGCGACGGCGUCGACAGCUCGUCGUCGCGAGGAAGAACAAGAAGGCCAAGCGCGCAGCGCCAUGUGAGGCUCUUUUUUUUUCAAACACGUAG